AUGGCGCUCUCCUUCCCCUCUGCAGCUCCACAGUGCAUCUCCUUUGUGUGGCUGAUGCUGGCCGGCCUGCGCAGUGUGGUGGGCUGGGACAAACAGGCUGUCCUCGGGGCUGUGGCUACCAUGAUGGCUGUCCUCCUGCAAGAGGAGCUGCCCCGAGAGCACGUUUGGGAGCAGCUCCUCUGGCUCGUGCGCCUGUAUCAGGAGGUCCAAGACACCUGCAGGGGGACCAAGAGCCUCACUAUCUUCCUGGAGGCCUUAGAGGGAGUUCAAUCGGUCAUCCCUAAGGACAAGUUUCUGGCCAUCACCAGUGCUGUGUUCUACCAGCUCUCUGAUGACACCAAGGAGCACAGCGAGGCUGACAGAGCAGAGCUGACCCACUGCAUCCUGCUGCAGGCCCGGAUCUGCCCCGAGGAAACGGUCCUGUUUCUGCAGUCACAGCUGGGAGCUGACAGGAAGGCUGGAUGCGUGGCAGCCCUAGGUCUGCUUGGUGCUCUGGCUCGCUCUGAUGAGCCCAUGAUGACAAAGAAGCUGCCCCAGGUUGUGGAGGCUGUACAGUGUCUGUGCAGCGACCCCAGGACCCAGGUGAGGAGGGCCAUUCUGCACUUCAUCAAGGAUGUGCUCAGUGCUAACGCCCGGAGCUGCUCCGCCUGGGAUGUGGUGGGGCACAUCUUCAGUGAGUUCAGCCGCUCCACGGGAAGAAGGGCAGCUGGAGACCUUUCUGCCCAGGAAGCCCGGGAAGAAGGAGCUCUCCAAGAGCUGUGCAUGGACAUCCUGGGGUCACUGGAUGUCUCUGUGAGAGGGAUGACCAAACUCCUGUGGCCACGGCUGCUGCUGUACGUGGUGCCAGCCCAGUACACCGGCAUGCUGAUCCCAGUCUCCCGCUGUGUCCAAGCGCUGGCUGAGAGAGGGGACCUGAUGGUGCGGGAGGCAGAAGACCUGGAUCCCCAUUUCCUCAGCUCCAUGUUUCAAGGCCCACUGCUGACUCCCCAGACACUGCUGGCACGCCUGUUGGUGGUGGCAGGGAGCCCUUUUGCAGGCAGCGAACUCCAAGCCGCUGCCUUGCUGCUCAUGCUAAACCUCCACAGCAGGAUCCACAGGGCUGUGGGGGCCAUGUGGGCCGCUGAGAUCCCCCUGCUGCUGCAGUGCCUCCAAGGGAAAGAUGAGAGCUUCCCGGACUCUGCAGAGUGGGAGCAGCGCCUACUAAAGUUCCUGAGGGCAUCAUUGGACACCAUGGAGGAUGAGGCCUGGACCAAGGGCCUGAGCUGCGAGCUGAGCCGGUGGCUGAGCAGCUCUGCCAGCAGCUCUGGAGAAAAGUCUUUCCUGUACAAGGCUCUGGGGACAGUGCUGGGAGCUUGUAAGGAAGUCCUCCACAUCCAAGAGAAGCUUCUGCAACACCUGGAGGAAGCAAACGCGGAGGAGCCAUCUGAGGCCCAGGUGAGGUCUCCUCCCAGCCAGCUUCUGCCAGCAUCCCUGGUCUGUCCCUUGGGCAGAGGGCUUCUCCUGGCCCUGCUCCGAGCCUUUCGAUCUCCUCACUGCUGCACUGUUUCUCUCAGGCGAGGACCAGCCCAACCGCUGUGGCUGGCGGCGCCAGCAGGUUCAGGCCUGCGCCAACCGGCCCUUGUUCUUUUGUGCAGGGAAUGA